GUAAAAAUUAUCUAAAGUCCAGUGAUCUUAAGUUUAUCAUCCAAGUUCAUGAACCUGCACUUCUAUAAAUACCCCCAUCCUCUUUCCCUUCCAACUUCGAAUAUUCAAUUCAGAACCUUCCCAUUUUAAAUUUUCUUAUCUAUAUCUCUUCUCUCUACACGGCACAACAUAAUAGACACCGCAUGAACACAAACGAACCCCAAUUACAUAAGACGGAAACAUAUUACGGUUACGAAAUGUAUCAACAGAGUACCUAUGAGUCCGAUUUGGCCCUGUUGGACUCCAUUCGCCGCCACUUACUCGGCGAUUCCGACGUAUGCAGAUUCGGAGCGCCGUCUGUUAAUUCGGGUAACACUCCAAUUUACUGUCGGAGCUCCAGCUUCAGCAACUUGUACCCAUGCUUGAGUGAAAAUUGGGGUGAACUUCCACUUAAGGAAGACGAUUCAGAGGACAUGUUACUUUACGGUGUGCUUCGCGACGCCGUCAACGUUGGCUGGGUCCCAUCUCUCGACGCUGGGUCGCCGGAGAGUUUCUCGUCGGGUUUUUUGCCGGUGGAGACAGUUAAAUCAGAACCGGACCUUUCUCCGGCGCCGGAACCCGUCUUUGUCUCCCCGGUGAUUCCUCAAGAGAAGGCUGCGCCGGCGGCGGUUCCGGCUAAAGGGAAACAUUACCGCGGCGUACGGCAACGGCCGUGGGGCAAAUUCGCGGCUGAGAUCCGUGACCCGGCUAAGAAUGGCGCUCGGGUUUGGCUCGGAACAUUCGAAACGGCCGAGGACGCCGCGCUGGCUUAUGACCGAGCCGCGUACCGAAUGCGCGGCUCGCGGGCUCUAUUGAACUUUCCGCUUCGGGUCAAUUCGGGCGAACCUGACCCGGUUCGUGUGACGUCGAAGCGGUCAUCGCCGGAGCCUUCGUCGUCGUCGGAGAGUGUGUCGUCGGUGAAGCGUAGAAAGAAAAUGGUGGGGGCAACGGUGAUGGGUCAAGUUGGAUUGAAAACGGGGCAAGUGGGAAGUCAAGUGGCACAGUGUACACGUGGAGAACAGUUAUUGGUCAGCUAAUGCGUAGUGCUGACGUGGAAUGCAUGGUGCUUGUACGCUUUAUAAAAUCCACUUGUUGUUAUCUGAUUCUGGGAUGCGUGUGGUAGUGGCUCUGUGCCACUCUCCCAUUAAUUUUUGGAAGCUGUUACAAAAAUAAUACACCCAAAAGAAAAGAGAGGACAAUGCCACAGUGGAAAAUUGGAUUGAGAUGGGGACUCAAGUGGGAGUGAUUAUCCAAAAACAAAAACAAUUGGGAAAAAGUAAUUACGGGUCCAUGUUUUGUGAAUACAAGAUUUGUUAUUUUUUGGCUCAACAUUUAUGAAUUUGUGAAUUGGAUUGCAUGAACCAUGCACUCGUUAUCCCCCACUCCACUUGCGCUUCCAAAUAUUUCAAAUAUAAGCCGAUUUUAAAUUCAAAACUCCUUCCUUAGGUGAUGAAAUUGACAUUAACAUUUUAGAAUUUGCAUCUAGAAAAUUAAUGACAAAGCUAACGUAAUUUAAAGCCUUGGACACCUUUUGAAAGCAAACAUGUUAAUUUUACUUUGCCAGUCAAUCCAGGCUAAGGUAGCUUUCAAACCAUAGAACCGUGGUGUCUUCUUUAUUGGACUAAAUGAAAAAAUAAUUUCAAAAUUGAUCUUGCCAUAUAAUGACACCAAAGCCUGCUAAUUUAACUAAGUGAUUGGGCCACUUGAAACUAAACAAACGACCUCCAGACAUAUUCUAUAUUUCAACAAAAACAAAUAUACACUCUAUAUCACUUAGGCCCAAUUAUCAAGCGUACACUUUUACGGGGCUCCAAGCUUUUUAAUAUAUUUAAGAAGAUCCAUCAAUGAUAAAUAAAAAAUAAAAAUCAACCAAUGAAAAAAAAAUACCUAUAAGAUCCAUCGCGUCCGUAUUUUAGAUUUUAUAUUUUAAAUAGAUUUGAUGUCCUCAUGUUGUUAUUAAUUUUAAUAUAAAGGCACCGAAAAUUCAUAUUAAAUCUAUUGGCUGUGGCAGAAUUGAAAUUCAGUUUAUUUUUGUUUAAAAAAUAAUAAAUUAUUUAAACAAAAAUGAAAUAAAUGAAGACAACAAAUUAUACAAAAUUUGUUUAAGCUUUGUUUGAGAAUAUAUUUUUUAGAGAAAAAAAGGAAUUGAAAGAUUUAUAUAAUGUUUAGCUAUAUUUAGAAAUAAGGCUUUAGAUAAAAAGAUAAAAAUUUAUAAACUUUGAAAAAUCUUUUUAAUUUCAUGUUUAUAAGUUCUUUCAAUUUAAUGGUUUAAGGUUAACUUUCCUUUCUUUUUUCUUUCUAUUCAAA